CUUUCGCUCUCUUCAAUUAUGUGCAUUCUCGCACUGUCCAGCCCCCUCUUUCCUCUUCAAUUCCUCACUGCUCCGUUUUUCCCGUGCCUUAUAUAACCGUUUUCUAGAGAGUGAAAGCUUUCUUUUUUCUAGAGAGAGAAAUGGAGGAGAUCGAUGAAGCUAGGGCAAAAGCCACUGCGUCAGAGCCUACGAAUUCGAAUCCCAACACGGAGCUCUCCGAAAAGCCUUCCAAGGCCAAAGAAGAAGGCGAGCUAUCUUCCGACGAAGCCGACGGCGGCGACGACAACAACAAUGACGAAAAUCCUGUUGGCUCUGCUGCACAGUCUGUUGGUACUGUUGCACCGCCUUCAGGGCCUGUGCCAGUUUUUUCAGCAAACAAAGGCGCCCAAGGCAUUCCACCAGGUAAGGUUAUUUCUUGUAAUUCAUCAGCAAGCUCCAUUGAUGUCCAGUCCCGAACAUCUUUACCACCAAUUCCUCAAAAGAGCUUUGAUAAAAACCGAGUCCCACUUAAAUCUGCUAUGCCUGGGUGGCGUGCUCCUUUGGGGCCCAACAAUAAUAAUCUUGUUAUAAGAUUCUCAGAUGAUGACAGUGGCAGUGACUCUGAAGAGUAUGGACAGGAGAAAGCUUCAGGUAAAGGCAACAUGACUGUGGUGAACAGCAACCGAAGGGUACCUGUUCCUUCACUACCAAAAUCAAACAUGUUAAGGCAGACAGCCAGAAAUAUAAACAAAGUAAUGCCCAAAAAGUUGUCUUCAAGUCGCACAUUUACGCCAUCGAUGAACUCUAUCCAGGGAGCCAAUUCCAAAGGUGCCGGGCCUUCAACUGUUGAUCAAGGAUCACGAGGCAGAAAUUUGAAUGCCCUCAACAAAAAUUUUGCAAGCCGAGAGCGUGGGUUUGACCAAAGUGUGGGCUUGAACAAUAAUAAACUUCAGGAUUUGCGGCAACAGAUUGCACUUCGUGAAAUUGAAUUGAAGUACAAGUCUGCCCUGCAAACUAAGGAAUCUGCUUUAGUUCCAUAUAGGGAUUAUAAUGCAAUGAACCUAAGCAACAAUACAGCUAGGAGAUUCAAUGCAACUGGUGCUAACUCUUUACAGUCAGAACCAAAAGAGCCAGACAAGAAACGCUUAAAAGUUAGUGGAUCUUUUAAUACCCAGCCAAGUCCAGGUGGCCAGCGAGACAUACCUUCUACAAAUUCUACUCUACCAUCAAAAGGGCCAGCAUUGGAAAACACUAGUAUGCAGGUCAGGAAUACGGCUGACAGUAGAGGGAUUUCCUCAGGUAGAGCAGAGUCAAGUAUUGACAAACGGGUUGCUGUUAUACCAGAAAGUAUACCCAGCAGAGCUAAAGAUGGUGUUGAUGUUGAUAGUGGUUGCAAUCAGUCUGACAAUAGUAGGCAGGUGGAUUCUUGUGUUGCAUUAACCCAGACUACACCUCUACCAAAUGUAACCUCCAAUAUUUUGCCAGAGAAUUCAAGCAUUGUUGAGUUGAGUCAUCCAAGUAAGAUCAGUGGUCAUCAACCAUCUGGUUCCUUAAAAAAAGCAACAACUCAAAACAAUUCAGUAAGAAACAGUGACCAUCAUGAAGUCGAAGCCAGCGAUAAGGCACAUGAAUCCUUUUUCAACAACAUAUGCCAGGGAUCGCUGAACAAUGCAAGCUUUUGGAAUUAUUUGGGCAAUGCUAAUGUCUCAGGACAUAGCAACAUAAGUCUGCAAUCUUUAGUUGAAAAGGAGGAAUCACUGGACAAGGACCUGGAGGAAGCACAAGAACUCAGGCGCAAGUGUGAAAUUGAAGAAAGAAAUGCUCUUAAAGCUUAUCGUAAAGCUCAGAAGGCUUUGGUUGUGGCUAAUGCUAGAUGUACUGAUCUUUAUCGCAGAAGGGAAAUCUAUUCAGCAAACUUGCGAUCUUAUCUUAUGCAGAAUUCCAGUUUACUGUCGUCCUCAAUGCAGCAUGAAGAUGCUGCAAUGGGUUUGGAUCCCCCAAAUAUCGUGCCUGAAAAUGUGAAUCUAAUACCCACGGCUAGUCAUCAGUUGCAGCCCGUCUUUGAUGGUUUUGAUCAACCAGGGUGUGAUUCAAAUAUCCAAUGUGUCGAUAGUGCUCCCACCAAUAGAACUCAUUGGCAUGUCAAUGGACAUAAUUUGGAGUCAGAACCUUGCAGUGAACCAGAUGGUAGUACAUCAGAGCCAUUGACUCGUAGUGGCAAGAAUACUGUAGAUGGAGUUUGCUCUCCAUUCACUGAUCCAAAUAAUUCAGUAGAUGAAGAUGAAGAGACAUUUCCAUUUGACCCUGAGUCUAUACAACCCAACAUUGAAUGCCAUAUAAAAGAGAAAAAUCUUGAAGAUGGGCAAAAUGACAUUAGUGAUGAGUUGCACAAAAAAAUUUUAAUUGAUAGCUCCCAGGAUACUUUGCUUCUUGAAGCAGCACUAAGAUCUGAACUAUUUGCUCGGCUAGGGACAAGAACUAUAUCAAAAGAUAGUGGUUCAUGUGACAACACAGAGUCUGUAGUGGAACAAGGGGCUGAAAAUGAUGUUGGAAAGGAUAAAACACAAAUUGGCAAUGGUCCAUUCCCGGGGGUAGAGAAAGAUGGAAAAUUUGAUCUGGGAGGCAUUGAUAGGCAAGAGGGAAGUAUCCUUGAGGCUCCUCUUGAGAUCCGGAAACAGAGCCAAACUGAAAAAUUUUCUUCGAAAUCUCACUCCACUACUGAUUCUCAGGAUUGCAGAUUAUCUACUAGACAAGUUGGCUUGCCAGCUUCUAUAUCUUCUUCUCCUCCUCUAAUAUUGAGGAGUGCAUUUGGUCAUCUGAAGGUUGCGUUGCCAAACAGUUUAGUAAAAUUGCGGACCAGAAAUCAUCAAAGUCAGGAUAACAAUAUAUAUAAUGAAGAGGGUGCUUGUGUUAACUUUGAUGAGAUUCAGAGGAGCAAUGCAACAGCAAACACAAUUAAAGACUUAAGCGGAAGAGAAUUUGGUUCUUAUACCUGCAGUCCUAUAGUUGAUCCAUUUUGGCCACUUUGCAUGUAUGAGCUUCGAGGAAAAUGCAACAAUGAUGAAUGUCCUUGGCAACAUGUUAAGGACUACACUAAUGGAAAAAUCCAUCAGCAACAGCUUGGUGAUUCUGAUGAUGCUGAUUCUAAGGUUGGAUUAAUCUUACAUCAAAGAAUGUGUACUGGUGCAACAAAAGGUCCCAAGUAUGAUUAUUUGACUUCGCCAACUUAUCUAGUUGGGUUGGAUAUGCUUAAAGCUGAUCCACAGUCAUAUGAGUCUUUUCUAGCAGGGAGGAAUGGUCGAUGGUGGAAAAAGUGUUUCAGUCUCUCAUUAGCAAUUUCAAAUCUGCGUCAAAAGCCGUUUCCUGUAGAUGGCCCAUUUUUGCAUGGCAAUGAUGGUCGAAUAGAAAUUUAUGGGAAUUGGAACAGACAGUCAUCAUAUUUCCAGAGUAGAAAUCGCAAAUUGAAUCAACUUGAACGAGAUGUGGCUGAUUAUGAUCAAUCCCUUGAAAUGGCUCUUAAUACUCUCAAUCAGGAGGAUAACAAACAAGAGGGUGUGGAGAAGGUUCUCCUUUUGCUGUCACGAGCUCUUGAGACCGAUCCAACUUCUGUAACACUCUGGAUUACAUAUCUGCUUAUUUACUAUAGCAAUAGGAAUUCUCGUCGGAAGGAUGACAUGUUCUCUUAUGCGGUCAAACAAAAUGAGGGAUCUUAUGAACUGUGGCUUAUGUACAUCAACAGUCGGAUGCAGCUUGAUGACCGGAUGGUUGCAUAUGAUGCUGCUCUCAAAGCGCUUUGUCACCAUGCGUCUGCUUCUGACUGGGAUGGAAUGCAUGCUAGUUCAUGCAUCUUAGACUUGUUUUUGCAGAUGAUGGAUUGUUUGUGCAUGUCUGGGAAUGUUGAGAAGGCCAUCCAGAGAAGCUAUGGGCUCUUCCCUACUACCACAAAUUCUGAUGAGCCCUAUUCUCUUUCGCUCUCAGAUAUCCUGGCAUGCCUAACAGUUUCUGACAAAUGUGUAUACUGGGUUUGUUGUGUGUAUUUGGUUAUUUACAGGAAACUACCUGAUGGUGUAGUACAUAGGUUUGAAUGUGAGAAAGAACUCCUUGAGAUUGAAUGGCCUGUUGUUCAUCUUAUAGAUGAUGAGAAGCAGAGGGCUCUUGAGCUUGUGGAAGCAGCAGUGGAGUCGGUUGAUUCAUACAUCUAUACUGAAUCACGUAAAAGUGAAAUUAAUCUGAGAUCAGCACAAUGUUUUGCAGUCAAUCAUAUUAGGAGCAUGGUGGCACUUGGCAGCUUAGAAUGCUUGAGAAACUUGUUGGAUAAAUAUGUUAAAUUGUAUCCAUCCUGUUUAGAACUUGUUCAAAUAUCAGCACGGAUACAGAACCAUGAUUUUGGAGAUGUGAGUUUUGUGGGGUUUGAGAAAGCAAUCAGUAACUGGCCAAAAGAAGUCCCUGGAAUUCAAUGUAUAUGGAAUCAAUAUGUUGAGCAUGCCCUCCGGAAUGGAAAAUUUAAUUUUGCGGAGGAACUUAUGGCCCGUUGGUUUCACUCUGUUUGGAAAGAUAAUUAUAUCCAAAAUGGUUUGUUGGAGGCCGUGGAUGGUGGUACCUGUAACCCAUCUGGGUCACAAGGAUUGGUUUCAAAUUCCAAUCCUAAGCAGAUAGAUAUAAUGUUUGGUUAUCUCAAUCUUGCUCUUCAUAAACUAUUGCAGAAUGAUCGCAAUGAAGCUUGCUUAGCGAUUGACAGGGCAAUGAAGUCUGCCAUUCCUGAAUAUUUUAAGCAUUGCUUGAGAGAGCAUGCCAUGUUUUUGCUCACUGAUGAAUUACUGUCAAGGGAAGAUUCUCCUGUCACUGAGAUCAGGAACAUGUUGGAAGGUUAUCUGGAUGAUGCUCAUGCUUUCCCCAUUUCUGAGCCGUUAUCAAGAAAAUUCAUUGGUGAAAUCAAGAAACAAAGAGUUCAGUGGCUAUUAAGUAACAUACUCAGUCCAGUUUCAAUUGAUUCUUCUCUGGUAAACUCAGUUCUUGAAGUGUGGUACGGCCCAUCUCUAUUACCCGAAAAGGUUGGUGAGCUAAAGGAUCUGGUGGAUUUUGUCGAAGCCAUCUUGGAGAUACUGCCAUCCAAUUAUCCAUUAGCAAUUUCUGUCUGUAAGCUGUUAAGCAGACAUGACAACUCCAAUGCUUCUGCCAGUGUUUUAUUUUGGGCAAGCUUAAACUUGGUCAGUGCAAUCUUUCAUGCAAUCCCAAUUCCACCAGAGUAUGUAUGGGUAGAAGCUGCAGGUAUUUUGGGAAAUAUUGCAGGUAAUGAGGCCAUUUCUGAAAGGUUUUAUGAGAGAGCUUUUUCAGUUUACCCAUUCUCGGUCAAGUUGUGGAAAUCUUAUUAUGACCUAUCUAAGAAGACCACAGGAAAUACGAGCAGUGUUGUGGAAGCAGCAAAAGAAAAGGGUAUUGAACUUGACUAAAAUCUUCUUUUAAAUAUAGAAUAGUUAGGAUGUCAGUUCAGUAGGACAGCAGUUAUUCGAGGGAAACUUGGGGGUCAAUUUUGCUUUUAACUAGUGAAUAGAGGCCUUGAGUUUAUAGCUGGCUACCAUUUUAGAUUGACCAUCUUUGGCAAGUUAAAGUGUUCAAGAUGUUAAUCUCCAACUAGGAGUUCCAGAAGUAAAUAGACAAUAGAAUUAUUAAUGGAGGUUUUAGAUUUAAUUAAGUUGGCACUUGGCAGUAUAUGUUUUAGGUGGUGAAGAUAAGGUUAAGAAGAGGUGUCAGGGUUUGGACUAGUGGUCUUUUUUUGUCACUCUCUCCCCUGUUCCCUUUUGUAUUUUUUUUUUUCCUGUUUUACUUUUUGGUUGAUCUUGUUGUCUCUCAUCUGACAUUAAUGUCUUACCCUAUUGCUUAAUUGUAAUUACCCAAAUCUUUGUACUUAACAUAUACAUGGAAUGAAGAUGAGAUUGUUCUCGAGUAA